AUGGAAUUGAAUUUGUUGACCGUCAGCUCUGGAAGCGUGCUUACAGCAUUCGGAAGUCACGUUGUUUUCCAGCGCAAGGAGCCAACAGUGCCUCUGUUCCUUAGUUUUGUCGCAGUUCUCCAAGUGGCACUUUGCAUUUUCUGGCGAAGGAACGCAGACGAGACGAGUCUCGGGCUUAUCGGUUUUAUUUCUGCCUUCAAUAUUUGCUAUUUCGCAGCAUUGGGUUACAGCAUUGCUAUAUACAGGUUACUCCUUCAUCCUCUCCGGGAGUAUCCCGGCCCUAUUCUCGGAAAACUAAGCAAAUUUCACUUCUCUUAUAUUUGUGGAACGGGCAACAGCCACAGAUAUCUCGAAGCUUUGCACCAGAGAUACGGAGACGUUGUUCGAUACGGUCCGAAUGAGCUCUCCUUCAUCAAUCCAGAUGACGUGACCUUCAUUCACGGCGCUCAGUCGUUCAACCUUCGCCGAGGACCUUGGUAUGAUGGCAACCCCGGACGGGCAGGUCACAACACUUUGGUUAUGGCGAGCACGCGAAACGUGGAGAACCACAAGGUCCGGCGGAGGAUCUGGGAUAAAGCAUUCACCGCGAACGCCUUAAAGUCUUACGAAUCCAGGAUCAUUCUGUUGACCGAUCGAUUGAUCAAACAUUGCGAGGGGAAAGAUGGCACUGUUAUCGACGUCAGUGCUGACGUCGACCACUUCUCAUUCGAUAUCAUGGGUGAUCUUGGCUUUGGCGAGGAUUUUGGGAUGAUUGAGGGCACCAACAAGGAAUCACUGGAGUGGGCAGGUCUCCUCCACAGCUAUAUGCGCAUGCUUUCCAUCAUUCGCCCGGUGCCGUGGUUCAAGGAGCUUUACAAAUGGCUGCCGAUCGAUCGCGAACGCAAAAGAAGCGGACUCGACUUUGUCCGAUUCACUGCAAAGCGGUUUGAAGCACGAUACCAAAGAGGAAAGGCAGCUGGUGGUGACAUUUUCGAAUACUUGCUACAGCCUGAUCCCAAGACUGGGAUUCAACUGAAUAAGUCACAGGUUGCCGAGGAAGCCAUAGUCGUGGUCGUCGGCGGGAGUGACACGAGCAGCAUAUGUAUGACAUUUGCAUUCUACUACCUGUUGACGAACCCCGACAGUUACAAGAAGGCGCAAGAAGAGGUAGACUCGCUCUGGGACGGCGUGAGUGAGCUGGAUGGGCAGCAGCUGGUUCCAGCACGGGCGCCAUAUCUGAACGCCGUCAUCAACGAGUCGUUGCGCCUCGCAGAGCCAGAUCCUAACGGGAACCAGCGGUCGACGCCUGAGGGCGGCGCCGUGGUCAACGGAAAGUUCAUUCCCGGUUUCACACAGCUCAGUAUCCACAAGUGGACCAUGCAAAGAGACGAAAGAAAUUUCACCAGAGCCUCGGAUUUUCUUCCAGAAAGAUGGAUAGACGAGGAACGGGAGAAGCAUGGUAUAUGCAAUCAUAAUACUAAAGCCUAUAUCCCUUUCGGGGCCGGGAUAUACAGCUGUGUCGGAAGACCGCUUGCCCUGCUGGAAAUGCGUCUCUUUCUGACGCGGUUUAUGAGAAGACUGGAGCUGAAGCCGGCCCCGAAGUACGAUCUCGAGCGGUAUCCCUGGGAGGUUACCUCGAGCUUGACCCUGAUGAAAGCUGCUUUGCCAGUAUUGGUGAGGAAGCGGACGAUCUGA